UACACAAGACAGUAAUGUUUUCCAUCAGAAUGAACAAGGUGCUGCAGGGUUUUGUGUGGCUGAUGCUGACUCACAGGAUUGUGGGAUAUCCUAUGGACUGCAAGGAGGACCAGGACGGCACGCGCUGCCCCUCCAUCUCCCUGGACAAGCUGCUGGACCGAAUCAUCCAACACGCCGAGCUCAUCUACCGUGUCUCUGAGGAGUCAUGCACGCUGUUUGAGGAAAUGUACAUCCCCUCUUCGAUACGAGCCCAGCUGAGCCGAGGGGGGAACGCGUGCAGCACCAGAUCUGUUCCCGGAUCCAAGGGCGAAAUCCAGCAGAUCUCGGACAAGUGGCUCCUCCAUUCGACUCUGGUGGUGAUACAGUCCUGGACAGGCCCUCUGCAAAGCCUGCAGAUCACGAUGGAUCUCUACGACAACGCCCCGGACGGGCUGCUCAACAAGACCAAGUGGAUGUCCACCAAGCUGAUGAACCUGGAGCAGGGAGUGACCGUCCUCAUCAGAAAGAUGCUGAAUGAAGACAUUUUGGUGUCCGACCCCAGCCAGAACCUGACCCACUUCGCGACGCAGCCCAACAUGGUGGAGUCGGUGCUGACGGAUUACACUCUCCUCACCUGCUUCAGGAAAGACGCCCACAGGGUGGAGACCUUCCUGAAGCUGCUCAAGUGUCGUCAGUCCGACAGGCUCAGCUGCUUCCUGUACUAACAGGAAGUCCACAGCCAGCCAUUUCCUCUACCAUAGAACCCAAGAGAAGACUCGGAGCAGUGCACCUUCUAUUGAUAGGACUCCUUUAGAUUUCCUUUUAGAGAUUUAUUUUUUUCCUUCUUUCCUUUCUGCUACCACAAAUGAGCAGAUCACAUUCAUGUAUGUUUAUCCGUUUCCCGUAUUUGUUAUUAAUUUGACAACCCAUGGAAAAACUGUAAUUAAUAAUUUUAUGACAUACUGACACAAAGCUUGUGACUAACAUUGUGGGAUUAGAUAAGUCAAUGAGUAGGAAUUGCUUGGACAUGUAAAGGCUUCUAUGGGAAGGUAUUUUAGUCUGUAGUGGUGUCUGUUUUUAGCAUAAAUUAGCUAUUUCCCAUCACCUAGCUGAAUGUAUGUCAUAAAUAUGUGCAAAAGACAUGUAUGGAUAAAAGCUGUUGUUCUUUUGUAUUGAGGCGCCCAUUUGACCAUUAAAGUGUACAGUACUAUA